AGAGUUGUUUGGUUGCAUAUCUGUGAAAGGACCUCGGAGGCUGAACGUGCGGGACUGAGCUGAGAAACAGAAGGAGAAAAUGGAAGCGGUGUGAAGUUGUAUUCCUGCAAAAAUCAAGGCCAUCGCGACCGCUACACAGCAGUUGUAGGAGUUCGUAUCAACCCUUGGCUGUUUCAGUGCAAAGCUUCAGAACUGCAGCAUCAUGUUUCUCUACAACCUGACCCUUCAGAGAGCCACCGGCAUCAGCCAUGCUAUCCAUGGAAACUUCUCGGGGACAAAGCAGCAAGAAAUAGUCGUUUCCAGGGGGAAGAUCCUGGAGUUGCUUCGCCCCGAUGCCAACACUGGCAAGGUGCACACCCUGCUCACCAUGGAGGUGUUUGGGAUUAUCCGCUCCCUCAUGGCUUUCAGGCUGACGGGCGGGACAAAAGACUAUAUUGUUGUGGGCAGCGACUCAGGGAGAAUCGUCAUCCUGGAGUACCAGCCCUCCAAGAACGUGUUUGAGAAGGUGCACCAGGAGACCUUCGGCAAGAGCGGCUGCCGACGCAUCGUCCCGGGCCAGUUCCUGGCUGUCGACCCCAAGGGCAGGGCUGUCAUGAUCGGAGCGCUUGAGAAGCAGAAGCUGGUGUAUAUCCUGAACAGAGACGCUGCUGCUCGCCUCACCAUCUCCUCCCCUCUGGAGGCGCACAAGGCCAACACCCUGGUCUACCACGUGGUGGGGGUGGACGUGGGCUUCGAGAACCCCAUGUUUGCAUGCCUGGAGAUGGACUACGAGGAGACGGAUAAUGACCCGACGGGGGAGGCUGCUGCCAACACCCAGCAGACCCUGACCUUCUACGAGCUGGACCUGGGCUUGAACCACGUGGUGCGCAAGUACAGCGAGGCCCUGGAGGAGCAUGGGAACUUUCUCAUCACAGUCCCGGGAGGAUCUGACGGCCCCAGCGGAGUGCUGAUCUGCUCUGAGAACUACAUCACCUACAAGAACUUCGGGGACCAGCCAGACAUCCGCUGCCCCAUCCCACGCAGGAGGAACGACCUGGAUGAUCCAGAGCGCGGGAUGAUCUUUGUCUGCUCCGCCACGCACAAGACCAAGUCCAUGUUCUUCUUCCUGGCGCAGACCGAGCAGGGCGACAUCUUCAAAGUCACCCUGGAGACGGAUGAGGAGAUGGUGACUGAAAUCCGUUUGAAGUACUUCGACACCAUUCCUGUGGCAACCUCCAUGUGCGUGCUGAAAACGGGCUUCCUCUUUGUGUCCUCAGAGUUCGGGAAUCAUUACCUGUACCAGAUUGCACACCUGGGGGAUGAUGACGAGGAGCCAGAGUUCUCCUCUGCCAUGCCGCUGGAGGAGGGAGACACCUUCUUCUUCCAGCCGCGGCCGCUGAAGAACCUGGUGCUAGUGGACGAGCAGGAGAGCCUCUCCCCCAUCAUGAGCUGCCAGAUUGCUGAUCUGGCAAAUGAGGACACACCCCAACUGUACGUGGCCUGUGGCAGGGGACCCAAGUCCACGCUGAGGGUACUGAGGCACGGACUCGAGGUGUCCGAGAUGGCCGUCUCGGAGCUGCCCGGUAACCCCAAUGCAGUGUGGACAGUGAGACGUCACAUUGAAGACGAGUUUGACGCCUACAUCAUCGUGUCCUUCGUGAACGCCACGCUGGUGCUGUCCAUCGGGGAGACUGUGGAGGAAGUGACUGACUCGGGCUUCCUGGGCACCACCCCCACCCUGUCCUGCUCUCUGCUCGGGGAGGACGCGCUGGUGCAGGUAUACCCAGAUGGGAUCCGUCAUAUCCGGGCAGACAAGAGAGUGAACGAGUGGAAGACUCCGGGCAAGAAGACGAUUGUGCGCUGUGCUGUUAAUCAGAGGCAGGUGGUGAUCGCGCUCACUGGGGGAGAGCUUGUGUACUUCGAGAUGGACCCGUCUGGCCAACUGAACGAGUACACGGAGCGCAAGGAGAUGUCCGCGGACGUGGUCUGCAUGAGUCUGGCCAACGUGCCUCCAGGAGAGCAGCGCUCGCGCUUCCUGGCUGUGGGGCUGGUGGACAACACUGUGAGGAUCAUCUCCCUCGACCCCUCGGACUGCUUGCAGCCGCUCAGUAUGCAGGCGCUGCCGGCCCAGCCCGAGUCCCUGUGCAUCGUGGAGAUGGGCGGCACGGAGAAGCAGGAUGAGCUGGGAGAGAAGGGCAGCAUCGGCUUCCUGUACCUCAACAUCGGCCUGCAGAACGGCGUGCUGCUCCGGACCGUGCUGGACCCCGUCACAGGCGACCUGUCCGACACACGCACCCGAUACCUGGGCUCUCGCCCGGUGAAGCUCUUCCGUGUCAGGAUGCAGGGCCAGGAAGCGGUGCUGGCCAUGUCCAGCCGCUCGUGGCUCAGUUACUCCUAUCAGUCUCGCUUCCACUUGACGCCGCUGUCCUACGAGACUCUGGAGUAUGCGUCUGGCUUUGCCUCAGAGCAGUGUCCGGAGGGCAUCGUGGCCAUUUCCACUAACACCCUCAGGAUCUUGGCUCUGGAGAAGCUGGGCGCAGUGUUCAAUCAGGUGGCGUUCCCCCUGCAGUACACCCCACGCAAAUUCGUCAUUCACCCCGAAACCAACAACCUGAUCCUGAUCGAGACAGACCACAACGCCUACACUGAGGCCACCAAGGCACAGCGGAAGCAGCAGAUGGCCGAGGAAAUGGUUGAGGCCGCCGGAGAGGAUGAGCGGGAGCUGGCGGCGGAGAUGGCGGCUGCGUUCCUUAACGAGAAUCUUCCAGAGGCGAUCUUCGGCGCUCCUAAGGCAGGCAGUGGACAAUGGGCCUCGCUGGUGCGGCUCAUCAACCCCAUCCAGGGGGCCACCCUGGACCUGGUGCAGCUGGAGCAGAACGAGGCAGCGUUCAGUGUGACUGUCUGCAAGUUUGCCAACGGAGGAGAGGAUUGGUAUGUGCUGGUGGGCGUGGCCAGAGACCUGAUCCUGAACCCGCGCUCUGUGGGCGGUGGCUUCAUCUACACCUACCGCCUGGUGAGCGGCGGAGAGAAGCUGGAGUUCAUGCACAAGACGCCAGUGGAGGAUGUCCCCUCUGCCAUCGCACCCUUCCAGGGCAGGGUUCUCAUUUCCAUUGGGAAGUUGCUGCGGAUCUACGACCUUGGGAAGAAAAAGCUGCUCCGCAAGUGCGAGAACAAGCACGUCCCCAACCUCAUCACAGGGAUCUACCCCAUGGGGCACCGUGUGAUCGUGACGGACGUGCAGGAGAGCCUGUUCUGGAUCCGCUACAAGCGCAAUGAGAACCAGCUGAUCAUCUUCGCUGAUGACACGCACCCUCGCUGGCUCACCACGGCCUGUCUGCUCGACUACGAUACCAUGGCCUCUGCAGACAAGUUCGGCAACAUCAGCAUCGUCAGGUUGCCCCCGAAUACCAACGAUGACGUGGAUGAGGAUCCUACUGGAAACAAGGCGCUGUGGGACAGGGGUCUUCUCAAUGGGGCCUCCCAGAAGGCGGAGGUGAUCAUGAACUACCACAUCGGGGAGACGGUCCUCUCCUUGCAGAAGACCACGCUGAUCCCUGGAGGCUCCGAGUCCCUGGUGUACACCACUCUGUCUGGGGGCAUCGGAAUCCUGGUCCCCUUCACCUCUCACGAGGACCAUGACUUCUUCCAGCAUUUGGAGAUGCACAUGCGUUCAGAGUACCCCCCUCUAUGUGGCCGGGACCACCUCAGCUUUCGCUCCUACUACUUCCCUGUCAAGAACGUAAUCGACGGAGAUCUGUGUGAGCAGUUCAACUCUAUGGACCCCAACAAACAGAAGAGUGUAUCUGAGGAGCUGGACCGAACACCACCCGAGGUCUCCAAGAAACUGGAGGAUAUCCGAACUCGCUACGCUUUCUAAACUCCCGCUCAGAGACCCAGACUCCAUCCGAACACCUCGGACUUCUACAAACUGCGUUAAAAUCCGUGGCCCAGACACAAGCACCAUUGUGUUGUGUGUGUGUGUGGGUUUUUUUUUUGUUUGUUUCUCAGUUGUGCUUGCCAGAUGCAGAAGUGUGUGGUUUUUUUUUUUUUUUUUAAAUCCCUAGACUUUCACCUGCCUUUAAACAACAGAACUACUGCCGACUGACCCCACAACUGAGCCUUGUUUUUCUUUUGAUUUAUUUAAGCACAGAAGUGUGUACUAAAUGCUUUUGAAUUGAGGGCUGCGUUUGAGUUGCAUGUUCAGCUGCGUGUUUACAGGGCCAGCAGGAAGCAGGGUCUAUUGAAGUGUAAAAGUGAAUACUCUCUAAUACCAUUCUGUUGAGCUUAUGAUUCAGGAAACUGGUCACUGUAAGUUUUAGGUUAAGUAUAGUAGAUUUUGAAAAUGCCUCUGCCUGGGUCAUUGCCAGCUUGGGUAAGCUGGUUUGUCCUGUCAGGAUGAGCCUGCUUUAAAUACAGUCAACACUUGGCAGGACUUCAGUACCACCUGGGACCAGGUUUUAAUUUAAGGAUGUAUAAUUGUACUUCCCGAUCGCACAGUGUUAGUCGUCUGGAUCCAGGCAGCGAUGGUGAAAGCCAGUAGAAAUCUGAAGAGUUGAAAUGGCAAAGUACUACAGAUAGAAACUCAGCCUUGACUGUCGCUUCUGGAUGUGGAAACCGGCAGUGCAGGAGGGUGGCGGUCUGAUGUGAACUGUAAUGUAAUGCUAACUGUAAAUAAACUUUUGUAUGAGGUUGAAAA